AUGAAGUUCAACGCUGCCGCGUUGUCCGCCGCGGCAAUGUUCGCUGGCGUCUACGCCGACGAUGCUCAGAAGGUCCUCAGUGAGGAUAAGACCUCCACUGCUGCUGAGUCCUCUACCUCGGUCACUCCCCAGUUGUCCACCUUCACGCCUACUACCCUGAAGGCUCCUUUCUUGGAGCAGUUCACCGACGACUGGGAGAGCCGCUGGAGCCCUUCUCACGCCAAGAAGGACUCCAAGGAUGACGAGGAAUGGGCCUACGUUGGCGAGUGGUCCGUCGAGGAGCCUACCGUCUACAAGGGCAUGGAGGGUGACAAGGGUCUUGUUGUCAAGAACCCCGCCGCUCACCACGCCAUCUCGGCCAAGUUCCCUAAGAAGAUUGACAACAAGGGCAAGACCCUCGUUGUUCAGUACGAAGUCAAGCUUCAGAACGGUCUUGAGUGCGGUGGUGCUUACCUCAAGCUUCUCCGUGAGAACAAGGCUCUUCACUCUGAGGAGUUCUCGAACGCCACUCCCUAUGUGAUCAUGUUCGGUCCCGAUAAGUGCGGCCACACCAACAAGGUUCACUUCAUCUUCAACCACAAGAACCCCAAGACUGGUGACUACGAGGAGAAGCACCUUACCUCUCCCCCCACCGCUCGCAUUGUCAAGACCACCGAGCUCUACACUCUCAUUGUCCACCCCAACAACACUUUCAUCAUCCAGCAGAACGGCGAGCAGGUCAAGACCGGCUCCCUUCUUGAGGACUUCUCCCCCUCCGUCAACCCUGAGAAGGAGAUUGACGACGCCAAGGACUCCAAGCCUGAGGACUGGGUCGAUGAGGCCCGCAUCGCCGACCCCGAGGCCAAGAAGCCCGAGGACUGGGAUGAGGACGCCCCCUACGAGAUUGUCGAUGAGGAAGCCACUAAGCCCGAGGACUGGCUCGAGGAUGAGGCUCAGACCAUCCCUGACCCUGAGGCCCAGAAGCCCGAGGACUGGGACGAUGAGGAGGAUGGUGACUGGGUCGCCCCUACUGUUCCCAACCCCAAGUGCACUGAGGCUUCUGGAUGUGGCCCCUGGACCAAGCCCUUGAAGAAGAACCCUGAUUACAAGGGCAAGUGGACCGCGCCGUACAUUGACAACCCCGCCUACAAGGGCGUCUGGGCUCCUCGCAAGAUUAAGAACCCCGACUACUUCGAGGACAAGACCCCCGCCAACUUUGAGCCCAUGGGCGCUAUUGGCUUCGAGAUCUGGACCAUGCAGAACGACAUCCUCUUCGACAACAUCUACAUUGGCCACUCCGUUGAGGAUGCUGCCAAGCUUGCCGAGGAGACCUUCAAGGAGAAGCACCCCAUUGAGCAGCUCGCUGAGCUCGCCGACAAGCCCAAGGAAGCCGAGAAGCCCAAGUCCCCCAACGACCUCAAGUUCCUUGACGACCCCGUUCACUUCAUCAAGGAGAAGCUUGACCUCUUCAUCACCAUUGCCCAGAAGGACCCCAUCCAGGCCGUCAAGUUCGUUCCCGAGGUUGCUGGCGGUAUCGGUGCUCUUCUCGUCACUCUGAUUGCCAUCAUUGUCGGCAUUGCCAGCUCUGGUGGUGCUCCCCCCGCUGCCCAGAAGGCCGCGGCUGAUGUCAAGGACAAGGCGAAGGAGGUCAAGGACAAGGCCACCAAGGCUGUUGCCUCUGGCGCCGACGUCGCGAAGGACGCUACCAAGCGCAACACCCGCAGCUCGUCUUAG